ACCGGCGUGCGGAGCCAUGGCGGAGGAGGACCCGGCAGCGGCGGCGGCAGGGAGCGGCAGCGAGAGCGAGGAGGGGGAGGAUGGCGAGCGGCGGCACCGGCAGCUCCUGGAGGCCAUCAGCGCCUUGUCCGGACGGAAGCGGCGGAAGCUGGCGGAGCGCUCGGAGGCGAGCGGGCAGGUGUCUGAGUUCAAUGUCACCUGCAAAGGUGCUGGGGAAAAGCUGGUUCUGUCGGAGCUGCUGCAGCCCAUUCAUCCCAAAUCCACGCUGGGCAGUGUGAGGAAGGAGCUGGCCAGAGUGAAGCGGAAGGCGGCGGUGGAGCUGCCACUGAGCAAAGAAGAGGCCAAGAGGGUGGUGAGGGAGGCUGCCUACGUGACCACCUCGAAGGAUGUGGGGAAGUGGCAGCAGGUGGUGCUGCAGAACCGGCGCGCGGAGCAGCUGGUGUUCCCCCUGCGGCAGGACAUCGCCACCGUGACCCCUCUGGAGAGAGUCACCUCGGCGUGGAAGGCCCGAACUCCACUGGAGCAGGAGAUCUUUGGAUUGCUCCACAAGACACAGCAGCCUGUCACAGACCCGCUGCUGACACCAGAGGAGAUGGCCUCAGUGCAGGCCAUGAGCUUGGAGGAGGCCCGGCGCCGGCGGGCAGAGCUGCAGAAGGCCCGGGCAGUGCAGUCCUACUAUGAGGCCAAGGCUCGGCGAGCAAAGCGGAUCAAGAGCAAGAAGUACCACCGCGUGCUCAAGAAGAGCCGGAGGCGCCAGGCCCUGAAGGAGUUCGAGCAGCUGCACAAAUCCGACCCUGUGGCCGCCUUGGCACGGCUGGAGGAGCUGGAGCAGCUCAGGAUGCAGGAGCGGAUGAGCCUUAAGCACCAGAACAAGGGAAAAUGGGCCCGAUCCAGGGCCAUUAUGGCUAAGUAUGACCUCGAGGCCCGCAAGGCCAUGCAGGAGCAGCUGGCCAGGAACAAGGAGCUGAUGCAGAAGGUGCGGGUGGAGCCGCCCGAGGAGGAGCUGUGUGAGGUGCCCGAGGAGGACACCACAGCCUUGCCCACGCCCAGCGGGGCUAAUCCCUGGAUGCUGGGCAAGCCCAGUGGCCUGGCCCCGGAGCCUGAGGCACAGGAGUGUCCAAGAAAUGACACAGUGCCUGGUGCUGUGGAGAACAAGGACGAGAUGGAGGAGGAGGAAGAGGAGCUGUCAGAGGAAGAAGCUCUGCUGCAAGACUUCGAGCAGAAGCGACGGGAGCGGACAGGGAGCCCUGAGGGGCACGGCAAAGACCAUGGUGAGGAGCUUGAGGCCCAGGGCUGGCUGGGCUGGGAGUGCUCGGGGCUGGACAAAGGAGGGGGGAUCUGGGGACAGCUUUUGGGUGAUUUCACGCGGCUGUCCUUUCUCUCUGCCCUGUGGAGUGACCAUUUCUACCCUCAUCAUGUAGGUGCUGAUGAGACUGACACUGGUGCUGAGCAGCCCAGGGACAGCCCAGUCCCCCCAGGCUGUGCUGAGGAGCUGGGGGACAGCCCAGUCCCCCCAGGCUGUGCUGAGGAGCUGGUGAGUGCAGGGCUGGAGCCUCCCCCUCAGGCCCAGGAACAGCUCCUGCUCUCGGAGCAGCUGCGCCAUGUGCAGACCAUGGAGGAUAUGGAGAGUCUGGCCAAGGAGGAGCUUGUGGAAGAGCAGGAGAAGCUGGUAGCCCUGAGUGCUGGGAAGCGAGCACAGCAGCAGGAGGAAGGCAGAGCUGGGGACAGACAUACCAAGAAAGCACCAGCCAAGAGGAAGAUAAUCAACUUGGAGGCUGUGCUGGAUGGGAAGCCCCAGGAGAUGGUCUGCCCCAGCCUGCCUGUGGUCCUGGAGGAGGAGGAGGGUGGCAUCGAGCAGCGUGGGAUGAUCACGGAGGCCUUUGCUGGGGAUGAUGUGGUUGCUGACUUCCGCCGGGAGAAGCGCAAGGCAGAGGAGGCGGUGAAGCCGCAGCUGGUGAACCUGGUGCUGCCAGGCUGGGGCGAGUGGGGCGGCACAGGCCUGAAACCCAGCGCCAGGAAGGUCAAGAGGUUCCUGAUCAAGCCGCCACCGGCGCCUCCACGGAAGGACCAGCACCUGCCCCAUGUCAUCAUGAGCGAGAAGCGCAACAUCCACGCAGCAGCACAUCAGGUCAGCGAGCUGCCCUUCCCCUUUGAGCGGCACCAGCAGUUCGAGCAGAGCAUGCGGACGCCCGUGGGCCCCACGUGGAACACUCAGCGUGCCUUCCAGAAGCUGACAGCCCCCCGAGUCAUCACCCGCCCCGGCCACAUCAUCCAGCCCAUCUCGGCCGAGGACGUCCCCGACACGGCCCCCGGCAGCGGGGCCAGGCUUGGGGGGGAGGCCAUGCCCCGGAGGAAUGCUGUGUCCAGGGGGAAGGCUGUGUCCAGGGGGAAGGCUGUGCCCGGGAAGAAGGCUGUGUCCAGGGAGAAGGCUGUGCCUGGGAAGAAGGCUGUGUCCAGGGGAAAGGCUGUGUCCAGGGGAAAGGCUGUGCCCGGGAAGAAGGUGCAGCCCUGACACUGCAGAGCAUGGUAGCUCUGUGUCUGCAGCCUGGGGGCUCACACUGGAGUGAGCGGAGGAGCAGCAGCUCCUGGUUCUGUCCAGUUCCUUCUACCUCUUUCUCUGCAAUAAAACCCAGGGCUGCC